AUGUAUCCUCAGUAUAGCGAAUCAGCACUGGACGAGCGGUAUCUACUCUACAAGGCAGACAAUUGCCCUCACCCGCUGUGGCCCUGGGGAGACGCAAUCACUUUACUGGUCCUAGUGGACAACAAUACUGUCAAAAAGAAACUCAAGGAACAGAAAGCCCGCAAGUUGCCGAUUGAAUCACGAACGAUUGAAGAAAUUAAGGACACUGGAUACAUACUCCUGCGCCCUGGAAUGGCAAUACUGUUACGAAUUGUGAAGACAAUUCAAGACAAGGGCCUGGAUGCAGAUGCAGGCAAUGACGAUCUUCAGGGAUGGGUGACGGACGAGAGGACCUUGCGACGAUUGGGGGAUGAUUCCGUUUCAGAUGAUUUAAUGGAAAGGAUGGCUCGGAUAAUGGAAGAUGUAUUGGGACUGGCAGAUGAAAGGUCAGACUCUCCUCCCUCUCGAAAGAAUGGUUAUACAGGAGGCAUCACAUUCGAAUGGCACCUAUACACGAGGAACGCACAGCCUUUCAACAGUCAAGGCAAAUGCUGCUACAGCAUUGGUUAUAUGGUGGAAAAGCAAGCGGCCCUGAUCCACCCUAGUAAGAACAUGCAAUACAACCCGGUAACCAGGAUGGAUGACGACAUCAGGAUAGGAUUACUCAAUGUUGCUACUGAAUACGGCGGAAUUGCCAUGAAAAUGGCUCCGAAGGACCGUACAGAUUUAAUGGAACUCAACGUGUUGCACCCGCUUCCAAACGACGCAAGUAUGCAAUUCAGCAAGGACUUGGGACGUGCCGCUGACAUCCAUCCUGACGGCCAAGAUCAAAUAGGAUCCUUCAUUCAACUCAUCGUCUUAACGCCAACUCCACCCGCAUGCACGCCUGCAUACUUAUUCUUAAUCGAAUUCGGUGUAUUCAUCGUGAUGGAUUACAGCACUACCAUCGCAUUCUCAGGCCGUCGUCUCCAUUCUCGCCUCCCUUCAGUAGCAAUGUCUGAUCAGGUCCCGCCCGAUGCCUACUCAAUAGUAGCAGUGCUUUAUCAAACGGACAUGCUUGCGCGGGUGGAAGACUGUGUAAUCAAUCGAUGGAAUGCGCUAGUACGGCAUCAACGUCCAUUGUUAGGAGGAUAUUCCGGUGUCAAAGGACAGUUACCAUCAAGAAAUGAUACGGAGAUUUCGUCAGAUGACACUGAUCAUGAAGAUGAUGAUUACAGAGACAGCAAUGACGAUGAUACAAACUUUCAAAACAAUGACCUGGAUCAUUGCACAGGCAAAAGGAAAGGUCAAGAGGAGGAAGAGGAAAUUAAUGCCACGACUGAAGUACAUGGCAAAGGAAAGAAGGCACGGGCGGAUAGUACCACGAAACUGACAGAACCUCAGAGCACCAAAGACGAACGGUUGACUAGCAAGAGCGAUAGAGAGCUAAGAAAUGGAAUACUGAAAAGACGAAUGCCAGCUUUAACUAUUCAAAUUAGCAAUGUUGCACCCGUUAUGCAAUUGUUGGACAAGAACAUACUCAAGCAAGACCUCACCGAAGUGAAAGGAAUUCUCGCGGCAUCAGGGAAAGCCACCUCAAGGGCGACCUAUAUACUUCCACCAACAACACAUCUAGCAGUAAUAUCAGGUACCCUACUAACCUUUGCGUAUCAGGACACCGACAGAACACCCCCUUUAGAGGUGGCAGGGAACCUACCCGGAGUAUGGAAUAAACUAAACAAAGCGGACAAAACUCUAUCGUCCACCUUCAUCAUUGACUGGCUGCUGAAAGAUGCGAUCCUAGUCGGGACCUGGAAAGCCUGGCAAUUCAUUGAAGUGGACUGCCACGAAGCUUGUACAGAUACUCUGUACCUGAAGAAGACAAACUGGCUAUCGACACUCGUACGAACUGUUUACGACCAUCGGAUGGACCGACAACAGUAUGUUCUAGAACUGAACUCGAACACGGUAUUACCAGGACUGGCUUGGCAAUCUACGACGAAGGUCAAACCAGCAACGAAGAAUCGCCUCGGUACGGACACCAACGAACAUGCUAUUACUGUCACUCUCGGCGCUCUAGGGGAUUGGCUAGGCUACCCUCGUAAAGGCGGCAAGGAGACUAAGUGGCAGAAACAAGGCGCUUUGCUCGACGUUCUAGUGGCCCUUACUGGCAACUCCAACAUAUUCUUUCUCGAAAGGACUUGGAAGGCGUAUCAAAAUCUGAAGAAAGCGAUAUUUCCGUCUUCGCCCCUCCACGACAUACCGGACAAGACCUGGGUCUCCUUGGAGGCGGCAAUGAAACGCAGGCUACAGACGGAAGGCCAUGAAGAUAUCCGACAAUCCUUGGAUGCUAUUGGCGCUGUGUGGUCCCCUUACCUCACCAAAUUGCAGGAAAUUCGCGGCAAGAACUCGGACUGA